AUGACUACAAUAUUACCUACUUAUGAUGAGCUACAGCCGAAGGACCAGGCCAAAUUUGAUAAGAAGAUUCAGUCUCAUGAACUCCUCUUGAUAUUGCACAAGGCUUAUAACUUUGAUACGGACAGCGUGAAGACGCCUUUCUUGACAGAGUUCAAGGAAUUCGAGUUGAAAGAGGCUAAGGGCAAGUUCGCCACCGACAUGGCUGACAACCGCGUUGGCUACUGGCUCUUCCUGUAUGCCGUUAUCCAAUCACUUCCGAUGCUUGUGGUAGAUGCUCCUGGCCUUCAUUUCACUGAAAGUGUCGAGUAUUUCCUCUGCGAGCCGCCUCAAGGCAACCUUCCAUGGGUGGAAGAUGCCGGCGAGGUCAGGAAAGCAUGGUAUCAAAUUCCUGGCCAAGGAAUCGUUGAGCUCUCUGCAGAUGUGGUCAUGUUCAGUGUCGAGGCAGUCUACCAGCGGAGCCACUGUUGGCUUGCAGCUAAGAACUGGGAGGUGACUAACGGAUCGCUCCCAUCGGUCCCAAGCGUCGGGGCGCCGCCCCCAGUUAUGUCCCCACUCGAAGCUCCCCGUGCCGUCUUCGAGGACAUGGACCCGAUGCAGAGCCCACCUGCUCUAGGCGCCACGGGUCCCUCACCGCCGCCUGGCUCGACCGGCUCACUCCCGCUGCGUGGCCGGGAUUCCUCAUCUGGUCCAUCCUUCAGGGGCUCGGGACACCCAUACCGAUCCAGCAUCGUGCUUGGUCUGGAGCCCGUGCCCUUCCCCGAGGGCAUGCCGGGUAGCGAGAGGUCGAGUCGCAUCGUCAGCCAACAGCAACCCCGGCAUGGUUCACGCGGAUCCAUCCCUGACACAGCAGCCAUGAGCAGAAGCCGGUCCGCCGGCAACCUUCGCGGCAUGAUGAACGAGUCUCCUGCGUCCGAGCCUAAGGAUCGCCAAGGCAGUGUUGGCGGAAGCACCUUUGACGACAUCCUGAAGAACAUGGACGGCCAGAAGAAGCAGACCAAGAAAAAGUUCUUCUAG